AUGGCUUCUAUUUUUUUCCAACUUUUUUAUGUUUUUAUUGAUGAUGCAUGUGUUAAUUCAGGUUCAUCAGAUAGAACUGUGAAAUUUUGGGAUUUGGAAACCUUUGAAUUGAUUGGAACAACUCCAGCUGAGGUGUAUUCAUGGGAGCCUAUAAUUUUUCAUGAUGCUGUUGACAUAGGAUGUUCAACAUUGGGUAACCUUUGUAUUGAUGAUGGAAAGCUUUUAGUGUGCUCAUAUUAUCAAAACUCUAUUGGAAUUUGGGUAGCAGAUGUUUCAGUUGCUAAAAGAGAAGGGAAGUUUCUGGUGGAGCUGUUUAAUAAAAAGAUUGGGAAGCAAAAUGCAGGGAGGGCUUAUUCUGCAAAGGACAUUGAUCUUGGAGAUCCUUUUGUUUACAAGCAUCUUGGAAGCAUGGCUUCGGUUGGGCGCUAUAAGGCCCUAGUUGACAACUCAGGCCCUCAGGCCAAUCAAAGUGAUGAAGUGGGGUUUGCUCAUCCAUCCCAAUUUGCUACCAUGAGUGACAUUUCACAAGCUAAUACUUCUGAUAUGGAUAUGGAUUUCUGGAGUAAAGAUCACAAACUGGGCAACUCAACUGAUUCAAUCCACCCAUUAUACACUGCUGCUAAACAUGCAUUCAUGUCUUCACAUCAACAAUAUAAGAUGUUGAUUGGUUUACAUUCAAAGAAAGUGGAUAAUAUCUCAGCCACUUCAUCUCCCCUAACUGGUCUUUAA